UCUUCCUCUAUAUCUAAUCCCCAUACCCUCAUCACGCUGCUCACAAACCUCGAUUAUUCAUUGGCCGAAAUGGGCGCACAGGAAAGCGACGACUUGGAGAGGACUGGCGCUGGCGUUGUGGUGGUCAAGCCCAAGCCUAGCAAGGGCCUUGCCUCCAAGGCCAUCGAUUGGCUCGAAUGGGCCUUCGUCAAGAUGAUGCAUGACUCCAAGCAGCCUCUUCACUACCUCGCCGGCAACUUUGGCCCCGUCGACGAGACGCCGCCGCUCACCGAUCUCCCAGUCCAGGGCCAUCUCCCGGAAUGCCUCAAUGGUGAGUUUGUGAGGGUUGGCCCCAAUCCGAGGUUUGCUCCAGUUGCUGGAUAUCACUGGUUUGAUGGAGAUGGAAUGAUUCAUGGUAUGCGCAUCAAAAAUGGGAAAGCAACCUAUGUCUCCCGCUUUGUGAAGACGUCACGACUUAAACAAGAAGAAUUUUUUGGUGGAUCAAAAUUCAUGAAGAUUGGUGACCUGAAAGGAUUUUUCGGACUUCUCAUGGUUAACUUGGUAAUGCUGAGAACAAAACUCAAAGUACUGGAUUUUACCUAUGGAAAUAGUACAGCUAAUACAGCUAUGGUAUAUCAUCAUGGGAAGCUUUUGGCGCUUAGUGAGGGGGAUAAACCUUAUGCCAUCAAAGUUUUGGAAGAUGGGGAUCUGGAAACGAUUGGCUUACUGGAUUACGACAAAAAACUGUCGCAUUCUUUUACUGCUCAUCCUAAAGUUGACCCAUUUACAGGAGAAAUGUUUACCUUCGGCUAUUCUCAAAAGCCACCAUAUGUCACAUACAGAGUCGUAUCGAAGGAAGGUGUGAUGCAGGAUCCAGUGCCAAUAACUAUUCCAGAGUCAGUUAUGAUGCAUGAUUUUGCCAUUACUGAAAACUAUGCGAUUUUUAUGGAUCUGCCCCUGUGUUUCAGACCAAAGGAGAUGGUGAAGGACAAGAAGUUCGUUUAUUCUUUUGAUCCUACUAAGAAAGCCCGUUUUGGAGUUCUUCCUCGAUAUGCAACAAAUGAGAUGCUAAUCAGGUGGUUUGAGCUUCCAAAUUGCUUCAUAUUUCAUAAUGCAAAUGCUUGGGAGGAAGGAGAUGAAGUUGUUCUGAUCACUUGCCGACUUCAAAAUCCUGAUCUUGACAUGGUCAAUGGCGCUGUAAAAGAAAAGCUUGAGAAUUUCACAAAUGAACUGUAUGAGAUGAGAUUCAAUCUUAAAAAUGGUCUGGCUACUCAAAAAAAGCUAUCUGAGUCAGCCGUUGAUUUUCCCAGGAUAAACGAAAGCUAUACUGGCAGGAAACAACGUUAUGUGUAUGGGACAGUACUGGACAGUAUUGCUAAGGUAACUGGAAUAGUCAAGUUUGAUUUACAUGCUGAACCGGAGACUGGAAAGGAAAAGAUUGAAGUUGGAGGGAAUGUUAGUGGUCUCUUUGAUCUCGGACCUGGAAGAUUUGGAUCAGAAGCUGUCUUUGUCCCUCGGAAGCCUGGGACUGCAUCCGAAGAAGAUGAUGGCUACUUGAUUUUCUUUGUGCAUGAUGAAAACACCGGGAAAUCAGCAGUGAAUGUAAUUGAUGCAAAGACAAUGUCACCCGAUCCUGUUGCUGUAGUUGAACUUCCGAAAAGGGUUCCAUACGGUUUCCAUGCCUUCUUCGUGAACGAGGAACAACUUCAAGAACAGGCAAAGAUUUGAUGAGACUGGAACGACAGAUAUGGGAGUGGAAGAAGUAUAUUAUUUAUGUACGGCCAGUCAUUUACUAUAAUUCUCUAUUGCUUUCUUCUCCCAAAUUAAAGACCAAUUACUUCUUAUUAAUACUACAGUUUUAUACAACUUUCUUCA